ACGUGAUGUAAAAUCGCGUCUAAUUUACGUUUAGGUAAAUUAUUAUUCGAUUUGCAAAUAAAAAUUUAUUAAACAUUUUGCCCAAACUCUUUAUAUUGUGGCAAUUAUUUCAAUUAAGUAGUGUUGCUCGCGACUAUAAUACAACAAAAUGCCGCGAAUAAUGAUAAAAGGAGGUGUAUGGAGAAACACCGAGGAUGAAAUUCUUAAAGCGGCGGUAAUGAAAUAUGGCAAAAAUCAGUGGUCACGUAUUGCGUCACUUUUGCAUCGUAAAUCCGCCAAGCAAUGUAAAGCCCGUUGGUACGAGUGGCUAGAUCCCAGCAUUAAAAAGACGGAAUGGUCACGGGAAGAAGAUGAAAAGUUAUUACACUUGGCCAAAUUAAUGCCAACUCAAUGGCGUACAAUUGCGCCAAUUAUUGGUCGAACUGCGGCCCAGUGCUUGGAGCGCUACGAAUAUCUGCUUGACCAAGCUCAACGCAAGGAAGAUGGAGAGGAUGGCGGUGACGAUCCACGUAAAUUAAAACCAGGCGAAAUAGAUCCGAAUCCAGAAACAAAACCAGCGCGUCCGGAUCCGAAAGACAUGGAUGAAGAUGAAUUGGAAAUGCUGUCCGAAGCGCGUGCACGUCUUGCCAAUACUCAAGGUAAAAAGGCUAAGCGUAAAGCACGAGAAAAACAAUUAGAGGAGGCUCGACGUUUAGCAGCUUUGCAGAAGCGUAGAGAACUGCGUGCUGCGGGUAUUGGCAGCGGCAACCGGAAACGUAUCAAAGGCAUAGAUUACAAUGCGGAGAUUCCAUUCGAAAAGCGUCCAGCUAUUGGUUUCUAUGAUACAGCGGACGAGAAUGUGGAGAAACUUGGACCGGACUUUAAUAAGAUGCGUCAACAAGAUCUUGAUGGUGAAUUGCGUUCGGAAAAAGAAGAACGCGAACGAAAAAAAGAUAAGCAAAAGUUGAAGGAGCGAAAAGAUAGCGAUAUGCCAUUGGCCAUGCUGCAAAACUUAGAACCCGAAAGGAAACGCUCGAAAUUGGUUCUACCUCAGCCACAAAUUUCGGAUCAGGAAUUGCAACAGGUUGUCAAACUAGGACGUGCUAGUGAAAUAGCUAAAGAGGUGGCAGGUGAAAGUGGUGUCGAGACGACAGAUGCGCUCUUAGCCGAUUACUCCAUAACACCGCAAGUUACAUCGACACCACGCACUCCCGCACCUUUUACUGACCGCAUUAUGCAGGAGGCACAAAACAUGAUGGCACUCACGCACGUGGAUACCCCAUUAAAAGGCGGAGUUAAUACUCCUCUGCACGAAUCUGAUUUCUCGGGAGUUCUACCAAAGUCUGCAACAAUUGCAACACCCAAUACAGUAAUUGCAACACCAUUUAGAACACAACGAGGAGGCGAAGCCGGAACACCUGGAUUUGCAACACCAGCAUCUAGUGCACUUGUGCCUCUGGGCAAAACGCCACAUGUUGGCGUAGGACAAACACCCACAUUAGUGCGUGAUAAAUUAAGCAUCAACCCGGAGGAAAAUUUAAAUGUCGGCGAUACACCAGCAAUUUAUAAGAACUAUCAAAAGCAAUUGAAAAGCACACUACGCGAAGGUUUGGCAACACUGCCUACACCACGCAAUGAUUACGAAAUUGUUGUACCAGAGCAUGACGAUCAGGAACCCGCUGAAACGACUUCAGUAAACGUAGUCGAGGAUCAAGCUGAUGUCGACGCACGUGAAAUCGCCGAAGAGAAUGCCAGGCGCCAGCGUGAAUUGGAAAAACGUUCACAGGCAAUUCAGCGCCAACUGCCGCGCCCAACUGAAGUUAACACAAAGAUUUUACGACCUCAAUCUGAGAAACAAAAUCUUACCGAUAUGCAAAAGUCCGAAGAGCUGAUCAAACAUGAAAUGAUCACAAUGCUUUUAUAUGACUCAGUAAAAGAUCCAGUGCCGGGACAAUCGCAAAAUAAAAUUGAACAGCUACAAAAUUACUUCAAAGCAAAUCCAUAUGAAGAAUUCAAGAAACCCGAUUUAGAGAAGUCAGCAAACCUAAUCAAGGAUGAAAUGGAAGUUGUUAAAGAGGGUAUGGGACACGGAGAUUUGCCGAUGGAUGUAUAUUCUCAAGUGUGGCAAGAAUGUUUGGGUCAAGUGCUCUACUUACCAUCACAAAACCGCUAUACACGCGCCAAUUUGGCGAGCAAAAAAGAUCGUUUGGAAUCGGCCGAGAAACAAUUGGAGCAAAAUCGACGCCAUAUGGCUAAGGAAGCGAAACGUUGCGCCAAAAUCGAGAAGAAACUGAAAAUUCUAACUGGCGGCUAUCAAGCAAGGGCGCAAGCAAUGAUCAAACAAUUGCAAGACACGUACGAUCAAAUCGAACAAAAUUCAUUGGCUCUGUCAACAUUUAAAUUUCUGGCUGAACAAGAAGCAGUCGCCAUACCGAGACGUUUAGAGUCAUUACAAGAGGAUGUGCGGCGGCAAAUGGAGCGAGAAAAGGAAUUACAACAGAAAUAUGCUAAACUGCUUGAAGAACUUGAACAGAUGCAUCAGGAAUUAGACGCAUACAAAAUCAGUGAAGAAAGUAAUGGAAUUUCAACAUGAAUUCUGUACAAGAACCAAAGCUGGAAGCUCCAGUGUGAAUACUAAAAGUGAAUUGCGAACUUGCAUGCCAAAGUAAAAAUAAUAAUUUCCAAAUUUAAAUAAAAUUGAAAUACUUCAGAUUACUUUCAAUCUAA